GAUGAAGGUGCUUCCUCCGACGAUGACAAUGCGGAGGAUGCCAACACACCAGGGGACUAUCCAGACAACAUGAGCAAGGACGAGGUGAAAGAGAAGUCGCCAUUAGGGCGCUUCGUUCGCUUCAAUCGCAAGCUCGGAUCUGGGUCCUACAAGACCGUUUGGCUGGGCUUUGACAAUGACACAGGUAUGGAAGUCGCCUGGAACAUCAUCUCCUUCCAGAACUUAGACAAGAAGGCCAAGAAGCGAAUCUCCGACGAGAUUCAGAUGCUCAAGAACUUGAAGCAUCCAAAGAUUAUCACCUUCAUCAACGCCUGGACUAACAAGGAGCAAGAAAAGGUCUGCUUCAUUACCGAGCGGGUCACGGGAGGUUCUCUCCUGCAGUACAUCAAGCGCAUCAAUGCGCCGCUGAAGCUGAAAGUGAUUCGCAACUGGUGCCGGCAGAUCCUAGAAGGCUUGAACUACCUCCACACGCGCCCAGACCCCAUCAUCCACAGGGACCUGAAGUGCGACAACAUUUUCAUCAAUGGCAAUCGCGGCGACAUUGUGAUAGGAGAUCUGGGGCUCUCCACCACGCUGCGGCAGUCCUGUGCCGUUGCCAGAUCCAUUGUGGGGACUGUGGACUUUAUUGCCCCGGAGAUUUACGAUGAGAACUACGGUACGGCCGUGGACAUCUACGCUUUCGGGAUGGUCCUCCUGGAGAUGAUUGGCAGGGAGCAGCCUUGGAGUGAGUGUGACACUCCAGGGCAGGUCUACAAGAAGGUCCUUGCCGGUGAGCGUCCAAGAAACCUUCGCAGGGUGAAGGAUGAGCUGUUGCGUGGCAUCGUGAUGCAGUGCUCUCGUAUGAAACCCGACGAGCGACCGACGGCGCAGCAGCUCUUGGAUCACUCCUGGCUGGAGGAAACGGAUGGGAACCGGCUAUGCGAGCUCCUUCCUGCCGACGAAGCACCAGAGGAGGUCCCAGACGUCGACAUCUUCCCGCUGCAGCCGCAGCUGCCGAAAAUCAUGGAAGAGGACGAGGACCUCCAGGACCACGGCGACAAGGGCGUGCUGCCUCAAAGCCAGUCUGAUGCAGACCUGUGCGGUGCCCAGCACGUCUUGCCGCCGGCAAGGCUUGACGUGAGAGUUUCUGCCGAUGAAGAAGCGAGGAUGCGGGUCCUUGCUCUUUUAACAGCCUUCCUGGCCGCGCGCCUGACCAGUGCAGCGGAGUGCGACACAUCCGAAGCCUCCCUUCUCCAGGUGGGGAGCGGCAUGAGCUGCUCCCCUGUUCCGAGCAUCAGAUGCGAGGUUCAGUCUGGUAGCAUGCCCCGGGCGCAUAGCAAGAGACAGAUGAAGCUUGUGAAGGAUCUAGAUCCAUCCAUCCAGUUGACUCCGUGGAACUGCUCCCUUUGUAUGAACGACCCGGAUGCCGCCACCAUCUAUGGCGUCGAGCGUUGGGAUGGUCUGGGUCAACGAGCAGCCAGUCUUAUCAACUUCAUGGCACUCGCGGCCCACCUGAAGCUCAACUUCGGUGGCCUCUUGCCAAACCCCUCGGAGCGCGAGCACGGGGUCUACAUCCCAAAGUGCAUGACUGAGCUGCUGGGCACCAACUACAAGGGCAUUCGGCGCCUUGCUCCAGAACCGCAUUUCGACGUGUGCCUCUUCGGCGCGGAUGCCAUUGAGGAUGCCAUCCGCGGCCACCAGCCCUGGAAGAGUCGCCAGAGCGUCCUCAUCGAAGAGUGCGGUAACGGCCGGGAAUUUGUGGACUACCUGACUCCGGAGUUCCAGCAGCGACUAAGGCAAUCCACCAGGCUUCAGCGCGAGAAGGCAGUUCACUUCCAGGGCUCCAGCAUCAAGAUCGCCGUCCAUGUGCGCCGAGGUGACCUCAACAAUCACGAGCAUUGGGCUCACCGAAAUGUGGCGGAUGACAUUUACAUGGGCCUUGUCGGGGAAGUGAGACAGGUACUAAAAGAGCUUGGCAAGCCCGCCGAGGUCCACGUCUACAGCUCCACCGAAGGUGGCGCUUACACUUCCAAGGACUUCGAUACCUACAGGUCUGAGCAGAUGCAGGUCCACUUGAACGGCAAGGAGCUGAAUGAUUGGGCGCACAUGGCUCACGCGGACGUCCUGAUCCAGGCACCCAGCGCAUUCUCCUGGGUACCAGGAGUCCUGAAUUCCAAGUGCGUGCUGGCCUUCGACACGUAUCCAAAGCCGCUGCAAGAUUGGAUUGUGCACAGCUCGGGCCAACUUGACUAUACCAACAAGCAACGCCUGAGGAGUUGCAUUGCCAAGAAGAUUUUCCAGUCCGGUAAAGUUUAA